GGGCACCACCAUCACUUUGGUGAUGAAGGAGGAGGCAACAGACUACUUGGAGCUGGAGACCAUCAAGAACCUUGUGAGGAAAUACUCCCAGUUCAUCAACUUCCCCAUCUACGUAUGGAGUAGCAAGACUGAGACUGUAGAGGAGCCUAUUGAUGAGGAUGAGACAGAAGCAGAUAAGGAUGAAGACCACGAUGAGGUUGAGGUGGAGGAAGAGGACAAACUAAAGAAGACAGUGUGGGAGUGGGAGCUGAUGAAUGACAUCAAGCCCAUCUGGCAGAGGCCUGCCAAGGAGGUGGAGGAGGAUGAUGAGUACAAGACCUUCUCCAGGGACACAGACAAGCCCAUCUCCCACUUACAGCAGAGGGGGAGGUCACCUUCAAGUCCAUCCUCUUUGUGCCUGCCGCAGCUCCCCGGGGACUCUUCGAGUACGGUUCUAAGAAGAACGACUUAAUUAAGGUGCCACAGCAAUGAUUAGGUUAC